AUGCCACACUCCACUCCGUUAUCAAGCUGCACUCGAAGACGCUUGGCGGAUCCAUGCAACAAGCCAAAAAAUAGCCACAACUGGCGAACGUGGCGAUGUGAUCAGUUCAACCACAAGCGAGCCCUGAUCAACGCUGGGGCUCCACGCCCCAUUAUCUCUUGUUUUUUAGAUUGGGGACCCAGAAUCUCCCCCAAUGGUGUUAUACUCCCUCCCAAACCAACCCGAGACGACCUUACCAAUCGGGCACCCCCGCUUCCUCGCGAUGGCCAUCCUUUCCUCGGUCCAGUAGAGCAGGAAUUCACACCCUUCAAAAAUCAACUUGAUUCGCUUGCCGGCCCCCAGCGUUCCAAAGUCUCUUACCCAUGUCAGAGAGCGUCUCGAGGGCCGGUAGCACGUGGCCACCGGACCACUGGCAACAAAAGCUGCCCUUAUCAAUACUGUCAAUCGUGCUGCCUUGCCUAUGGUCUAGGAGCUUGCCUGAAGCAUGUCCGUCCCCUCGCGCCCUCUGUGACCCAACGUCCUGCCAGUGAGACUGCCACGCACGUACCUACUCCCAGCACUUCGGCUCUACCACACCCACCACCCCAAGCACUGCAACCAAGUGCCAGGGCACAACCUGCACCUGCACCUCGCAUACAUCAGUGGGCCCAAUCUGUCAACUCACUUGGGCACCGACUGGGGAUCGAAACGGUGUCAGCAAUCCAAAUCGACCGCCGCGAAAGAUACAAAGCUGUGGACAUUGGCAGAGCAAACAAGUAUGACGAGAGGAAAGUGGUGACUAUACACCUAUGGCUUGAUGCACUUGAAUACAAGGUGAUAUCAGCCCAUAUGGAACAAUGGCCUAAAGCCAGGUUGGAGGAAUCUCCGCUGCUCAUGCAAGCAUGCACACGAAAAUUUGGCGCCACUUGGAACAGGGCGAUUUGUUUUUGGGAUGAGAAAAUUGACAAUUGGGUAGGUAAGCAUUGUCAUGGUCAACCACCCGCCGAAGUUAACCCUUACAUCCAGCACGAGACGAUGGUCUCAUUCCCACACAGAUAUCCGGCGAACAAGAACGAGAUCAUCGUCAAGUCGCCCAACUUGGAUCCUUGGACGCCUGGGUUGCCCCAGUCAAACAUUAAGGCCUUUGCAAUCAAUAGCAGCCACGACCCUCUCCCUAAAACAACUCUUGAUUUCCUGGAGGACGCUGACAACACCGACGAUGUCGAUGUGGUUGUGGUGAACGGCAAAGGAUCUAAAUCCCAUCCCAUUGAACCCGAAGUUACUAAGGAACCCGAAGUUACUGUUACUAAGGAGCCUACUCCAACCCCAACCCCAACGCCAGUCAACACCUUUGAUCCCAACUCACUUGACAAUGAAGACGAUCACACGCACAAUGUAAUUGCUUUUGACCGCGAGGACUCCGAGCUACCCCACUUCGACCCUAUGUAUCACUCACCAAAAGGAGCAGAUCGACCUUUGGAUCUCAUAGCAGACUCCCAACAGACUGCAUCACCGGUGUUAACGGACCCAUCAACAACCAACCCAACGACGACGACCCACCCAAACACCGUCAAGAAGAAAGGGUGGCCCUCGUCAUCUUUGCUUAUAACUGAUCUCCUUUCUUGGUACAGGGACUGUGAGAUUCGCGCUGCCACGCUGGCAUGGAAGGAUACAUAUGGUUCCGAGUGGGUUUUUGCCCGCUCAACUGUGCAUCGUUAUAAGAACUGGAUCAAUGAGGUUACCUACCGGUGUUUUUCGGCCGAGUACACCAACUUUCCACUUGCAAAUGUGGGGGAUGCACGUGAGGUCUUCAAGAAAGAGUUCAAAUCGGUUUUGUGA